AUGGAGGAGCAGCGGGAGAAGCUGCGCUCCUGGCUCAAGGAGAAGCUGGAUGCUGGUGGGGCGCGUGUCCGUGUGAAGGACCUGACUGAUGAGAUGCUGGAAAUCCACGGGGUGAAGCCAGGGCGGUUCCGGCAGCUCUUCAGCCAGACAGUGCAACAGUUUGUGACAGCACACAUCGGCGGUGCAGAGGCGGCUGCGUGGUCCAAAGAUGACGACUUCAGCGGCCGGGGCUUGGCGCAGGGCGAGAAGGACAUGCGGGCACAGCGCGCUGCGAGAUUCCAGAAGCAUCUCAACGAGAAGACGCCUGUAGCUAUGGUCAGCUUUGAUGCGGAGGUGGGAACCAUCGAUGGUGGCCCCAUGAUUGGCGAGCUGGUCGGCAUGUGCUCCAGAGAUGAGGCCAAGGAGCGAGAAAUGACCCGGCAGCUGGACAAGUUCGAGUGGAAGAAGGGCACAGACCCUCGACAACCCGAGGUCGAUUUGAGGCUAGCCUGCAAGAAGUAUCAGAGAAGUUCUGCUGACAAGGCAUAUAAGAGCCAAGACGUGAGAUCAUUAGAUGCAUGCUGGAAGACGAUGGAGUACCUCAUGAGGGAGAUCUUGGACUUUGACAGCAAUCCAAAGCCUGGUUACGCAAUCCAAGCCAUCCCCUACAUCGAGGUGUACUCCUUCCUUCGAGAUCGCACGCGAUCCAUUAGAGUGGACUUGCACCUUCAGCAGCCUCGGAGCACCACCCAGCGCAUCUUCGUGGAGACCCACGAGUGCUGUCUGCGCUUUGAGAUGCUGUCGCUGUACCUCCUGCUGGGCAGAGGGCAAAACAAGGAGGCCACCGAGAAGUACGACACCAAGCUCGGCCUCAAGGCCAUUUCCCAGACCAUCGAGCCGCUGCUGAAUGCCUAUCAGGCGAUUCAUGAGAAGCAGCUGGCCAAGAGCAUCUUGGCAGAGGCCAUGGGAGGAUUUGGUUUGGAUGACGACGACCAGGAGGACUAUGGGUCGCCAUUUGAGAUGGCUUCACGCAGGUACAUUGUGCUGCUUCUGAUGUCCUUUGCACCAGAUGAAGUCUCCAGCCACCUCUCUAAGAUGCACCGGGAACUGCUGAUGCACCCCUUGGUUAGCUUCGCGACGGAGGUCUACGCUGCCUUUCAUACGGAGAACUAUGCAAGGUUCCUUCGCAUGUACAGGGAAGCUGACUUCCUGUCUGCGGUGGCCAUGAGUGGCGUGGCAGAUUUGGCGCGCAUGAGAGCUCUCUGGCUGCUGGUUCGGACAUACCCCCAGCAGGUUGGGGACAAGAUCGCGCUGGGGAAGCUGAAAAACAUCCUGGCCUUUGCCAGCGAUGACCACGCCAAGUCCUUCUUGGCGUUUCAUGGCCUGCAGAUCGUCAUCGACAAGGAGUGGGCCGGCGGUGCGUACAUCGUGCUGCCCAAGAAGGGCACACCUGAGGCGGCUUCACUGCCUUUGCUGCAGGGCGGCGCAAGGCUGCCUGAGAAGUGCGAGUACCCCAAGGGCGCGGACUCGUUGCUGAUCGCCAAGUUCGAUUCGCUGGGCCUCACGCGGGCGGAGAUCGCCUUGGGCAACGCCGACCCAAUCGCCCCAGAGGUUGAGGAGGCAGAGGCAGAGGCAGAGGCAGAGGAAGCUGCUGAGAAAGAGGCCGAAGAAUCUGAGCCCAUGGACGCGGGCGUCGAGCCGCUGACGGUGGUUUGCUGA